GGGUUGAUGGCAGGGGUGAGGUGCGCUUGCUGUGCCGGGGCUGCAGGUGGCGGGCGGUUCGGCGAGCGGACAGGGCUCUCCUACUCAAAGAUCACAGAGCAAGAGCUCCUGUUGGAGCAGCGAUGGCGGCGGCGACUGCGGAGAAGACGGAGCGGGGCACACAGCCGAAGCAGGAAGAGGGCGAGGUCCGGUACAAGGAGCGACUGGAGAUGCAAAUUGGAGACUCCAUUGACAACUUGAUUAAACGCAUAAUGCGACUCAUUCUGCAAGACACAUAUGAGGCCCAGUCGGAACUACACACAAUCAUGCUGGAUCUAUUUGAGAAGAUUGGUAUUACCGGAGCCGAUGACUGUCGCCCAGAAGCACAUGUCUUUUUCCAGCGUUUUGCUGAAAUCGCAUGGUCUGAACUAGUGGAUGAAUGCUUCGCGGAAGGUAGCAUGAAGCUGAUUCACUCUCAUUCUACCUUUUUUCAGGCUUUGGGUUUUUUACGGAGAAUAUCUUGUUACAUGCCCUGUGUGAAACGAAUGUGGGAUAAACGAUACCGAAUUGUAACAAAUAUUGGCAUCAUGCUUUGUUUUGAUGGUGAAGUUACUCACCUGCGCUAUUUCAUCUGGCAAGAAUGUUUGAAAAUUCUCUACAAUUGCCUUGUCUUGUGCACUGAAGAUGACAUAAAAUAUAUUUGCCAAUUGCAGAUCUUUAACUGCCUGGAAGUAGCUUGGAAAGUAUCCGAUGAAAGAUUAAACCUUGGGCUACUUGUAAAAGCAUGGCUGGUCCUUGCUGAGCAUUAUCACAUUCCAAUUUGUGAGCAAACCUGGGAUAGAUCCUCUUUCCCCCAAAUAAUUAGCUAUUUGUCGCUGGAAGAUGAAUAUGAAAUGGCAGGUGUACAUGUUGCGAAAAAAGCCAUUUUGGCUAUAACUGAUCCUAGAGAAUACAAGAAAAACCCUUAUGUGCAUUAUAACCGUAAAGCAAGGUACAUAUCUACAAUUACUGACACAGAAACCAAACCACCUGAAACGUUCCCUACAAUAUGCUCGUCACCACCUUGCAAUCAACUGGAAGUUAGCCAAUGUCACUUUCGCACUUGUGAUUCCUGUCGCCUUACAUAUUACUGCAGCAAAGCCUGCCAGAAAUUCCACUGGAAACAUGGUCACAAGGAGGAAUGUAUUCCUGUGUAUCCAAGGGAGGAAAUCCUAAAAUACUACACAGAUGAUGUGAUAAAUGACUUUCAACUGUACUGUAUGAGCUUGUCAAACAACAAGAUGCUGGAAAGUAUUUUGGGUCAGCUAAUUCCGAAGCGUAAGAAAGGAGAUGGUGUCCGCUGUUUAGGGGUCCUUAUUAAAAAUGAACAAGGUCAGUGGGUUACCCUUGAUGAGAAGGUACCAGAGGCCAAGAAACAUGUAUUUCCUAUCACCAGAAGGAGCAGACCCAAAGACUAAAUUAUUUUCUGUCCAGGUGAUUAUGAUUUGAUGCCCUGAAUAUUUACAUUACACAGUGUGUGUUUUGAACGACAAACACGUGAUCAUUUGUUGCCUAAACUGAAUAAUCCCUAUUCUCUACUCACUUUCACUAUCAUUGAGACUAUAAGAUAAGAACAUUCGCUUCAUGUCUCAGUAUUAAAGAGUCCACUUUUUCGCUUUCUUUUUCAAUAAAUUGCUUCCAAGUUUUGUAACAUGGUAUUGCCUAAGUUGUUAUAGAAAGGAUCUUAUUUAUGUAUGUGAAUCAUGAGGAAUGGAGAACUGAUUUAUGUCUUAUUCUGAUAUAUAGAUCAGCAUAGUGGCAGAGCAGGUAGUGACGCUGCCAAGCAGCUCCAGUGAUUCGGAUCUGUUCUUGAUCUCGAUACUGUCAGUGUGGAGUUUCCAUGCACUCGCUUGAUCACAUGAGUUUCUCUGUGUGCUCUGGUUUCCUCCCUCACCCUAACAACGUGCUGGAUGGUAGGUUAGUUGGUUACUCUAAUAUAUGGCUAAUAUAGGUGGGUGCUGGGUGAAUCCAGGUGGGAGUUGAUGGGCAGAAGCGAGAGAAACAAUUACAGGGAAAUACGUGGGGGAAUAGGAUGGAGUGAAAUGCUCUGAAAGCAGGCGUUAAUUGUGGACUUUCUAUCUCAUGAGAAAUAGGUAAUCAGUGAAUUACAGCACAGAAGGGUGAUCUUUUGGCACACAUUAUCCAUGCCAAUAAUGAUGCCCAUCUAUGCUAAUCAGGUUAAAAUGUAUGUAUGGACUUGUGUGCAUUGUGUUUAAGAGGAAAUUAUUUUUAGGUUGAUACUCUAAUUAAUUAAUUACAUGCCAGCAAUGUGAAGUUAUAGUUAGUUGAAGUAAAUGACCCUUUGUUAUUUGUAAUCUACGAUGUCUGCUGGAUGUUAAUGUAAAAUAAAUCAUUCUUAAAGAUCGACAAACA